AUAAAAUCCAAAUGAAAUAAUGUAAACAACAACAACAAAGUACUGUGAAGGUCCUUUUUUGUUUGAUCGUUUAAAACAAAAAUGGAAUACUCUGUGUUCUAUUCAUUGCCACUUUGUUUGGUUGUUUUUGGAGUAGCAAAAGCUUUUCACUCCAUUUGGUGGAGACCCAAAUUGGUGGAAAGACAGUUGAAAAGACAAGGAAUUAGGGGCAGUUCCUACAAGCCUAUGGUUGGUGAUGUCAAAGAGUUUGUGAGGAUGAUCACUGAAGCAUGGUCCACCCCUAUGAGUCUAGAUCAUCAGAUUGUUCAACGUGUCGAUCCGUUCACAGCAGUAAACGCUAAAAAAUAUGGAAAGGUAUCGAUGUGUUGGUUUGGAACAAAUCCGAGAUUGAUAGUGAAGGACCCCGAAAUGAUGAAAGAAGUACUAUCGAACAAGGCGGGUAGCUUUGAGAAGCCACCAUUGAACCCACUUAUUCUGAAGCUAACAAGGGGAUUAACUACUCUAAAAGGGAAGGAAUGGGCUAAACAUAGGAGGAUUAUCAAUCCUGCUUUUCAUCAUGAAAGGCUCAAGGGAAUGAUGCCAGCCUUUAGUAUAAGCUGUAGCAACAUGAUAGAGGAAUGGAAGGAAAAGGCUGCAAAUCAAGACAGUGUUGAAGUGGAUGUAUGGCCUGAACUUCAGAGACUAACUGCAGAUGUUAUAUCCAGGGCUGCCUUUAGCUCCAACUUUGAAGAGGGGAAGAAGAUUUUUGAACUUCUCAAACAACUCACUCAUCUUACUCUUGAUGCUAUGCAGACCUUGUAUCUUCCUGGUUUCAGAUUUAUUCCAACAGCUAAGAACAGGAGGAGAGAGAAGAUGAACAAGGAGAUCAAAACCAUGAUAGGGAGUUUAAUUCUAAGAAAAGAAAAUUCCAUGAGCAACCAGGAAGACAAUGUAGAUGAUUUGUUAAGCCUGCUCUUGCAGUCAAAGAAGAAAGAAAAUCAACAAGAAGGUGAUGGACUGACAGUUGAUGAAGUGAUGGAAGAGUGCAAGCAGUUCUACCUUGCAGGGCAGGAAACAACAGCAAGCUUGCUAACAUGGACAGUCAUCGUUUUGGCCAUGCACUCAGAAUGGCAAGAAAAGGCUAGGCAGGAAGUCUUGCAAAUUUGUGGGAAGAAUGAACCAAGUUUUGAAUCUUUAAACCACCUCAAGAUUGUUACCAUGAUACUUAAUGAAGUCCUGAGGUUGUACCCCCCAGUUAUUGGUCAAUAUCAACAUACUUAUGCAGAAACAAAGAUAGGCGAAGUUUUAAUACCAGCUGGGGUUGAUGUUACCUUACCUACGCUGCUUAUUCACCACGAUCCCCAGUACUGGGGAGAAGAUGCAGAAGAGUUCAAACCAGAGAGAUUCUCGGCAGGAGUUUCGAAGGCAAGCAAAGAUCAGUUGGCUUUCUUCGCCUUUGGAUGGGGGCCUAAGACCUGCAUUGGACAAAACUUUGCUAUGUUAGAAGCUAAGGUCGCAUUGGUUAUGAUUCUACAGAAUUUCUCUUUUGAGCUUUCUCCUUCUUAUGCACAUGCUCCUCAUACUGUCAUGACUCUUCAACCACAGCAUGGAGCCCAGCUGAAACUUCACCAAUUAUAGGUUGCAUGUAAAUGAAGUACCACCUUUGAGGGAUGAAAAUCAUGUUUGGCAUUUCUGCAAAUUAUCUAGCCUUGUACUGUACUUUGUUUUCCUGUAGAAAGAACUGAUAAGAAUCUACUAGUCAAAUGAUUUCUCUGUAAAUAUGCUAUUUUUAUUUUAAUAAAGAAUCGUGCAAAGUGAGAGCAUUUUUAGUGCC